UGUUUAACACAUAAGUGUCCUAUCGGGCACCAGUGAAUCAUCAAGAAUCGGCAACAUGGCAAGCCAAACCAGCACUAGCGAUGUCACUGAGCCUGAGAAUCUCCGGAAGAUCUUUCUCGGAGGUCUCAACCGAGCUACUACUGUCAAGGAUUUAAUGGAACACUUCCAAGAAUUCGGCACCGUCAAGGACUGCGUCGUCAUCUGCAACUCCAACAAAGAAUCAAAAGGCUUUGGCUUUGUUACUAUGGCAACCAUAGAAGAGACAGACUUGGCCAUUCAUGAGAACGAGGGUGGACCCCAUGAAAUCAACAGCAAGAAAGUGGAGGUUAAGAGAGCUAUUCCAAAAGAUUCAAACAUCCCUCCGGAUCCAACAAACCAACUCUUCGUCAAAAACCUGGGCACAGUAAUCACAGAGGACCAGCUGCGAGAAUAUUUCAGCAAAUUUGCCACGGUCAAAUCAGUAAAGGUCAUCAAAGACAGAGCUGCAGACAACAAGAGCAAGGGAUUCGGCUUUGUUGAACUCGAAGACACUCACGCCGUUGACAAGAUUGCAAUUAUGGAAAAACAUCCAAUUGAGGGCAGAACGAUUUAUUGUAUGAAGGCAGAAGACAGAAGUAACAAGGACGAAAACUGGUAUGGGAGAGGAGGACAAGGAAAAGGAGGAUAUUCUGGGCGGAACCAGGGAAGAGCAGGGGGGAACUAUGGUGGAUACGAUGGAUAUGGAGGGUAUGGCUUCACGGGGUACAAUGACUCAUAUGGAGGAGGAAAUAACUCAAGUAGAGGUUACAGUGGAGGCAACUAUGGAGGGAGGUCAGGGUUUGGUGGUGGUUACGGCUAUGGAAGUGGAGGUGGGGGCUACAAUGGUGGUAAUUACGGCGCGGGUGGCUUCGGGGGAGGUAACUGGGGAAGCGGCGGAUACGGAGGCUACAAUGGAGGGGGUGGUGGGGGUGGAUACGGAGGUGCAGGCCAUUACGGAGGAGGAGGUGGUGGUCACUACAAGAAUUACUAGCACUGGCUUUCCCUGUAACUUUGUUCAGAGAAUGUGUGGAGAGCGUGUACACCAACAGUACAAUAGCAGCGUGACACAAGUCAAUAAAUAAUGGACCAACCCCUUAA